UCCCAGGAGUGAGAAUGGAUGUUUAUCGUCAAAACGAACGCUACGAGCCACUUCGUGCCUCGAUGGCAGUUCCUGAUCCAGAAAUGCUUCGUGCUAUACACCAAAUCUCAGAAGCCCUCGGCAGCUACGAACGCUCCAAGAUUCUCUACUUGUGCGAGAUUUCGGACACAGACAAUACAGCCGCGCAUGUAAAGGAGACUCUUAAGUCCAAAGUCAAGAGUUACGACAAAGGGCGUCUGUUUUUGGCUGAGCUCAUGCUACAUUUGGGGAGAUAUGACAUCCUCAGGCAGGUGUUUGGGUUCAGCCGGGACGAUGUGGAGAGAGCUUUGAGAUCCGAGCAGGUUCUACCCAGAUUCAGAGUUCUGAUGGCUCACAUCAGUGAGGACAUGGCCAAGGAUGAUGUGAGCAGUGUGAAGUUUCUGCUGGCUCACAUGCUACCGCGUAAGAAAAUGGAAACUGCCAAGGAUUUCCUGGACUUGAUUGUCGAACUUGAGCACGUGGGCAAGGUUUCCCCUACAAGGGUGGACCUUUUGGAGGAAUGUUUAAUGGACGUCGGCAGGGUAGACCUGGCCAAAAAGCUCAAGGUGUACAAGAUGUCAGUCAAUGCGCCAGCAGUACCCGAGGAUGUGGUGCGCCACCCUUGCCAGUCCAGUCAGUCGGUAACGUUCAGCAGUGACCCCAGAGGGGAGUGCGUAAUCAUAGACUGCGUGGGGAAUGACGGAGAGAUGAUGGCGGACGCAUUUAAAUCACUGCACUUCAAUGUGACCCUGCAUAAAUGGCUAAACCUGGUCGAGACAGUCUCAACGCUCAGAAAAGUCUUCCAAAGGAGUCCGGACCGCGGUGGCGACGGCUUCGUCUGCUGCAUCAUCAGCCGGGCGAUCGACAAUCGCCUCCAGGCCACGGACAUGAACUGCGAAGGCCUCCGUCUGGAAGAUGUACAGCGCUUUUUCAACGGCGACGCCUGUCCGGCGCUGGUCGGCAAGCCAAAACUGUUCUUCAUCCAGAGCUACACUGUGUCGGACUUCCAACCCUGCGGUGUGGAGAACCGCUGGGAUGACGGCUGGGAGACGGACGGUGGCGCCGGUCAGCUGAGACCCGAUUGUCUCCCGUCAGAUGCGGACGUGCUCUGGAGUCACUGCUCGACCGGAGAGCAUCAACUGCAGCGAGGCCGACACCGUUCCGUUUACCUCAAGGCUUUGACGGACGCCUUGGGCAGAAGCCAGGGAAGGAGCCGACAUCUGGUCGAUCUUCACAUGGAGGUGAACGGUGCAAUCUUGGAGCACAACAGCCGGCAUCCUAAGGAUCAGUACCACAUAGACCUGAAAAACACUUUGAGAAAAGAGCUUUAUUUAUGGACGCCUCGUGUUUGUGUGACAUGUCAAAUCCGCUUCAGACGUUUUAUCAUCUCUUCAUCGGUGGGCAGAGUGUGA